AUGUCACCGCAGCCCACUCCGCCGCGAUGUGGCACCUCACCGUUGGCCCGCCUCAACGGGACGGUGACAGCCAACGGAGCUGCGUCGUCGCCCAGGGAGCCCGACCCGGACUCGUCAUCGGGGGAGGGCUACGCGAUUGCGAUUGAGGCCAUCUACUCAUCUUUCCCGGCCACACUUCAUUACUACAGUCCUCACCUCAACUCAUCUCUAUUCGACAACGAAGAAAAUGACAAACGGCCAGACGACAUAUACGAUGAAGCUGUGAUCGUAGACAAGGACGGCACCGUGUUCCCGGCCGUUUCCAAAACUUCCGUUUCGAACGGCGCCGUCAUGUUUCCGAAUACAUUCAUGAUGCAGGAACUCGUCCGCGGCUACUACGACGAGACCCUCGAUCGCGCGGACGAGGGCAAGCGAGUUGAUGUCCCCUUUAUCUUCACCAUCCCUAAAGGAACCCCGAUCCCUGGCCACUUGAUUCUGAUCAACGAAUUCAUCUCCCGGUUCAGUCUUCAACCAUCACGCGAUUUGAACCAAGCUCUGGACGAGUUCUAUAAUGAACAUGCUCGCAAGGAGACUGUGAAGGACUGGCUCAGGGCACACCCCUUUCAAGGUGCCAUAGCAGAUGACGCGGAUGCCGAAUGGAUGGCCAAGUAG